UCUGUGCUUUUGCUGUAAUGCAUUUCACGCGGGUGCCCUGAUAUUCAAUACAGUCUGUAUUCAUUCCCCUGAGAGGUUGAAAGAAGGGGGUCAGGCUACCAAGUGCAGUCCCUAUUUCCGCUGGGGUGUAUAAAUGAAGGGGGGCUGAUUCAGAGAGGACACUGGACUAAGGAAGAACCUUCUAUUUAUCUAUCAUGUAUGAACAUCUAUCUACACGGGCUCCUGCACUGCGAUGUACUGUGCAACAGUGGUAUUACAACAUUUCACAAACCCACCAAGCAAUCUGCCGACCAGGAAACAGCAACAUCACCAUAUGGUUUUGUAUGGGAUUAUAAAAUGACAGCGUAAGCUGAUGUGCAGUCUUCCCCACUUGUUCUUCCAGAAAUCACUUGUCAUCAGUGUUCCCAGCUAUACGAAGAGUCAAAUAGGUACUUAAUGUUCUCAAGUGGAAUAGCCAGUGGUUAUAUAUUGGGUAGGGAGGUUCCUCCUGUCCCCAGUUUCUCUGAGAAGAUCAAGCCAGUGCUCAUCCAUGAAUACAUUCUGGUGAAAGGUCCCUAGGUUUUUUGCUAGGUUCCGCAACAUUGCACUUAUUCUAUACAUAAAGCCCCCCUUCCGUCUUUGUCUUGCCAUGAAACAGGAUCAUUCGCUGCUAUAAAGAGGAAGAAUAGGAGGGCUGGAAAAAAAUUCUACUAAGAAGGGGAAAAAAGAAAUUGGAAGAAAUGUGCUAAUCCAAUUUGCUGAGCCAGACAGUGGAAUAAGCCCUGUCAGGUGCAGGAAGAGACCCUCAGUGGAUUGUAUGUGCCCUUACUGUUACUACACUUUGUUGGAUUUACAAAUGGAAGGAAAGUGACAUGGAGAAACUACCAUAAGAGACACGAGAGGAAAUAAACAGAUGCCUUCAGUUUUCCAAUAAGAGGAAUUUAUCCAAAUCCUUCAGAACCCUAGAACCUUGCCUAGGUAGAUUCAACAGCAACAUGACGGUCACCACAACUACCACCACCACUGCGGCCGCUGCCUCAGCAGUGGUCUCCACAACAGCAACUGCUACUACAGUUGCCAUGACCACGGCUACCUUGGACUUACGUGACUGGCUAUUCCUAUGUUAUGGACUUAUUGCAUUUUUGACAGAGGUAAUAGAUAGCACCAAUUGCCCCUAUGUAUGUCGCUGUGAUAAUGGCUUCAUCUACUGUAAUGAUCGAGGCCUGACCUCUAUCCCAGCAGAAAUCCCAGAUGAUGCAACUACGCUCUACCUCCAGAAUAAUCAGAUCAACAGUGCAGGGGUUCCACCAGAGCUGAAAACUAAGACCAAUGUACGAGUAAUCUACCUGUAUGAGAAUGAUUUAGAUGAGUUCCCACUUAACCUUCCCAGAUCACUAAGAGAGCUCCACCUUCAAGAUAACAAUAUCCACAGUGUGACUCGGGAUGCUCUUUCUCGUAUACCACUCAUAGAAAAGCUUCACUUAGAUGACAACUCUGUGUCAACAGUCAGCAUUGAAGAUGAUGCCUUCCAAGACAGCCAUCAGCUCCGCUUACUCUUCCUCUCACGCAACCAUCUCAGUAGCAUUCCCAAUGGCUUACCACACACUUUGGAAGAGCUAAGAUUGGAUGAUAAUCGCAUUUCAACCAUUCCACUCCAUGCCUUCAAGGGACUUAACAAUUUACGGAGGUUAGUGCUUGAUGGCAAUCUACUGGCUAAUCAGCGCAUUGCAGAUGACACAUUUAGCCGCCUCCAAAAUCUGACUGAGCUAUCCCUAGUCCGAAACUCACUGGCCGCCCCUCCUUUAAAUUUGCCUAAUAAUCACCUUCAGAAGCUCUAUUUACAGGACAAUGCUAUUACCCAUAUUCCCUAUAACACACUGUCCAAGAUGAAACAACUACAGAGACUGGACCUUUCCAAUAAUAACCUCACUGCCCUGCCUCGUGGCCUUUUUGAUGAUCUAGAGAGCCUGAGUCAACUUCUCCUCAGGAAUAAUCCCUGGUUUUGUGGCUGUAAUCUUAUCUGGCUGCGGGACUGGGUAAAAGCUAGAGCUGCUGUGGUUAAUGUACGUGGCCUAAUGUGUCAGGGUCCUGAAAAAGUAAGGGGAAUGGCCAUAAAAGAUAUCACUCAUGAGAUGGAUGAGUGCUUUGAGGGAGGUCCUCAAAGCAAUGUAGCAUCUGCUCGUACAACACCUGCAGGUCCUGUAAUCACUUCCCCACCCCAAGGUUCCCUCUUUACUCUAAAAUCUAAGAGACCAGGUAUGAGAUUGCCUGAUUCUAAUUUGGAUUACCCUAUGGAAACAGGAGCUGGGGCAAAAGCUUUGGUAAUCAGUGUCAAACCACUGACAGCUGACAGCAUUCGCAUUACUUGGAAAUCAUCUGUUCCAGCUAGUUCUUUCCGGCUGAGUUGGCUAAGGUUAGGCCACAGCCCAGCAGUUGGCUCUAUCACAGAAACACUGGUGCAAGGGGACAAGACAGAGUAUUUGCUAACUGCCUUGGAGCCCAGAUCAACCUACAUAAUCUGUAUGGUAACCAUGGAAACAGGGAACACCUAUCUUGCAGAUGAGUCACCUGUAUGUGCGAAGGCAGAGACAGGGGAUGUUUAUGGCCCUACCACUACACUGAACCGGGAACAAAAUGCUGAUCCCUUGGCUGGAUUACCUCUGGCUGGCAUUAUAGGAGGUGCGGUUACACUUGUCUUCCUUUUUCUCAUCUUGGCAUCCAUCUGCUGGUAUGUCCAUCGAGCUGGUCAGCUACUAACUCGUGAAAGAUCUUGCAGCAGGGGCAGCCGAAAGAAGGAUGAUUAUAUUGAGUCUGGCACCAAGAAAGAUAACUCUAUAUUGGAAAUUAGAGGCCCAGGGCUUCAAAUGUUGCCCAUAAACCCUCACAGAGCCAAGGAAGAAUAUGUGAUUCAUACCAUAUUUCCAUCUAAUGGCACCAGUCUUUACAAAAGUACCCACACGAUAGGUUAUGGCACUCACAGGGGAUAUAGAGAUGGUGGUAUCCCUGACACAGACUACUCCUACACAUGAUGAACCAUUAUUUCUUGGACUGACCAGUUUCCUUCCCAUAGUGAAAUCUCGUUUCUCCUGGUGCCCACAAAUGAUUCAUAACAGUGCAAGCAAAAUAAUAAAAAAAUGAAAUAAACUUAAGUUGUGAGUCAAAAUAAAAAUGGGACUCCAUGGGAUAUUUGUAGGAAAUGAAAAUUACCAAUAUUCAUAUCCCAACACAUGAGUAAAAAAAAGAAGAAAAAACAGUAGUAGAUUUACUACAAGUUGAAAGGGUCACAGGAGAACUCGAUUACAUUUAAUACAGCAAUUUAAAUCAUUUUAGAACAAGGAGAUAAAUGCAGAGAGAUUCAAGCACUUGGAUAGAAUUUGCAUAUAACCUGAGGUUUUUUCCUUUUUCUUUCCUCCUUUUGUUAAAUUCAGGGUGAAAAUGAAGACAUGGUGCAAUGAACAUUUGUUUAACAGUUCUCACCAGUAGAACGUAUAUAUUUUUUCGCUACAUUUUUUUCCUAUUGUCUUAUCACUACUGGAAAUAAAUUAUAAAAAGAAGAAGGCAAAUAAUUCUGCAGAGGAAUUUUUUCUAUUAUUUUAAAUGCAAAUUUGUUUUCAUCAAUUUAUAGUGAACUUGCUUUCAUUUCCAAAACGUUAGUUUGAACUGAAUUAUAUAAAAGUAGUUGUGAAGCAAAGAGAAAAAUGAAAUGUUACCUAUGAUAGACUUUAUAUACAAUAGACUUUUUUUAUUCAGUCUCUGUGGAAACCCUUAAUGACACUUAAAUCUUUCAGCAGAUAUCUGUAGCGUGUGAUGGUAAUAUAUACGUGUUCAGUAUCCCAAUGUAUCAUAUACUCCCGCUACCAGAUCAUGGGUUGGUUAAUUAGGCAGAGAAUGACAGCCUCAUUUACAAUGCAUUGCAGGCCCCUCUCAUUAAUCUGAAAAGGCAGUUUUUAUGAAGCAGGCAAAUUUCAGAAAUGGAAAAUCACAUUUUUAUCAUGUUCUGCUCUACUUGGGAAUUGUAUGGAAUCUUAGAAAAAGGAAGAAUUGUUACAUUAUUUGUGGAAGAAUGUAAAAUACUGUGUGCAGAGAAAUAAAACAUAUAGCUACAAUUCAGGUUUAUCUAAUAUAAAAAAAAAAUUGGACAACAUUUACAUAAGUGUAUAUAAUAAUAAUAAUAAUCUCUAAGAGUAAUUAACAAUCUCAAGCAAGUAGCUAAGUCAAAUAGAAUAUACCCCCUCUUAUGGUCUCACACAAGUCAGUAGGUACCAAAUUCAUUUUACUACAUUUUACUGAGUAAAUAUAUCUUUUAAAAUUGAAGAUUAAAGUUGAAACAUCAAGUGAUAUGUUAUAUGUGAUUUUAUGAUGAUAAUGCUGAUCCCCAAAUAUAAUGGUAAGCUCUUCGGGCAGAGUUUUUAACUAAAUAAACUAGGCAAUAAAAGCGGCAGGUAGAGCCAGGUUCAGGUUUUAUUUCAAUCAUGUGUGACAGAUAAUAAUAUAGAAUAGUUUGUGAAAGAAGGAAAGACGGAACUGUCGCUAUUGUGCGUUUUCAGAGCAGCAUCAUCCACUGUAUGAAAAAGGAAGGCUUUAUUGUAUGCAAAUAACUAUUUUUAUAGUUUGCUAUUAGGGUGUCUUGUUGCUAUGUAACAUUAACAUGGAUUAUUUUAAUUUGAAGUUCACAGUUUCACAUAUCGAUAAAUAAAAGAAUGUUUAGUCACAUAGCUUCCAAAUGAGACUACACACUGCUAAGUUACGCUGCUCAAAAAUGUAGAAAAAUUAGCUGAAAAAUAAAAUGAACAGGAAAAAAACGGAGAACUUUGCUCUGCUGUUAGGUCAUUUUAACCACACAAAAUCAUAUCGCAGUCUUCCGAUCCAAUCUACUUUUCUGGAAUUGAGUUUUUACCCUUUAACCCACUAAUCACGACAUGUUGAUGUCAUUAAGUCAGAUUUCUAUCACUGAACAAGUUACCAGGAGAGACAAGGAGCUCUGAGCCACUCUCAAGAUGGCAUUCUUUUUUUUUUUUCUUCUAUUCUCACUGAUUUCUCUUUUGUAGCUGGCGGGUUUAUAUUAACAAGCAAUUUGCAGCUCUCUUUGCUAGAGAAACUCUAUCUGCAAUAUGUGGAAAGGAGCUGAAAUGUGAAAGUGGGAAAACAGCAGACAAAAAAAAAAAAGAUUUGGAGAGUAAUGCAAAUUUCUUGCCAAUUGUGACAGGAGAGGCAGUGGGAGUAUAUCGAUGACAGUGUGUAAUUUCAGAGAUAAAACAAAAUGUGUUGUCA